CCCUGCUAAUUGGAUGCAGACAGGAGAGGGGUAUUUGUUAACUAUGUGACAGCUGCACUUUCAGCAAGGAGUGACUCUACUUCUGCACCAUUUGUCUUUUCUUGGGGAGAAGAAGGAGUUAAUCCAUUAGGGGAGCAUUAGGCUGGGAAGGAGGAGGAUGAUGGUCAGUCCUGUAACAGGGAGGAUAAGCUGUGCACUCACACACACCCUGACUGGGGCUCUCCAGGCUCCCGACGUGGAUGAUUGUACUUACCCAAAGUUCUGCUACUUACUCCUCUGCAGCAAUCGUCUCAUCGGCCAUGCAUUAGUGGUUCCAAGCAAAGAAUGAAAAGAUGGACCUGUUGCCACACAUUGCAGUCAGUGAGCCCAUCAGCGCAGAGAGAUCUUCUUCUUCUGAAUCCAAGGAACUGGUCACGAGCAGAACUGAGAGCACCUUGUACAGCUGCUCCAGAAGCGAGUCCCUUUGGACCACUGUCCCAAGAAGCGCCUGGGAUAUCUACCAAAAACCCAUUAUCAUUAUGUCCAUUGGCGGCUCCAUCUUCCUCUUGGGAAUCAUCCUGACCACCAUCUAUUUUAUGAGCUAUGAUGGCAAGAAGCUUCCCAGCCGCAAUGACACUUCUCCUAACCCGGACGCUCCCAUCUCUAAGAUCUUUGGACCUGUUGCCUUUUCAAUAGGACUGAUGGUUCUGAUCUUUGGGUUGGUCUGGGUGCCGAUCAUCAAGAAGAAGAGAAAACGGUCGGCAUCACGACUCUUUGGGUACAAGCAGACAUCAUUCUUCCACUUCUCAAUGUAACACUGAUGACCCUGGUGGCCCGAAUGAUCUCAAUGUCAACAUCUGGACCUUCAAAGAGGGAUUGGACACUGGUGGAACAUUUUGUGUCAAUAUAGACUGGAGUGUCCAUUUUCACCCUAACAAGCUAUGAACAUGUUGCAAAACAAACAUACUUGUGUUGAUGACAUCAGGAUUGUGUUGUCAUUAAUCAGUCACCCAAUAGGAACAAAGCAAGAACAAUAAACUGGCAUGAAUGAGAAUGUUAGAUAUGGCCACUGCUUGCCUUACCCACAAGUGGAAACUGAUACUGUAUUUAGUGAAUGGGGGAGGCCAAUAGUGGGAUGUUACUGUCCAUGUAUUCUGAUCAGUUAUGAACAGAGAUAUAUUUAGGUUUGGUGUUGCCUGUACAGUACUGAUAAAAGGAUAUCUGAAACUUGCA